GGAAAGCGCCGUUAGCUUCUUCGAUAAUAGAUAAUCAAGUCUAUGGUGAAUAUUCACAGUGGAAAAUAUUUAUUUCAUCUCUUUUCAUUUUGAAAGUAAUAGAAUAAAAAGCGUACAUAAUAAAUAAGACAUUAACUUAUUUAUUUGUACAUAACUUUAUUACCGGACAUGUCCGGGACGGUUGAUUCCCAAAGGAAUCAGUUGAUGUCCGAGAUCUGUGGGUCAUCCUGUGACAAGGACUCUGAUAACACUGGAACAAGUAACAGAGUGCACUCAAAGUCUCGUUCUUCUAUUGAAAAACGCACACAUGAUGCGUCUGUUUCAAAUUGUGAGUCUGGUAAAUUGUUAGACAAAUCUGAACUUUCUCAGCCUGAACAUUUUAGCUGCAAUGAACUACAGACAUUCGUUAAAUCAUUGCCGCUUGUCAAUGCUGAUGUUAAAAAAAGUCUGACGUUGUCCAACAGUCGGUGUAGUGUUGGUGCAGGUAGUGAAAACAUUGAUGGUGCUGACAGACACGAAGAGAAGUCAAGCAGACCUGGCGAUGGUCAUGAUUCCAGCACUGCACUGCUACAGCAGAGGGAGGAACGCAUCGAUCUGUAUGGUGAUCCUCUUCAUCUUGGUGAUGGAGACAAUGGCAUAGAGGACCACUCUGGUGGUAGUUUAAAAGACGAUGCUAUAGACCCUCUAGUAAAUGAUCACUUUGCUGAGCCUGGCCGCAAAGUGGAACAAUUGUUGUGUUCAAGAAAUGCAUCCAGAUUCACGGGCAAAGAUACUAGUGUUGAUAUUCAUUCUGACAUUUUGAAUGAUGCCUGCCGUGAAACCGGGAUCGUGUCAGGAUCCAUUAACACAGCAGUGCCUCCCAACCCCGUAUCAUCACCAGGUCAUCACUCGGCAGACAAUAGCUACCUGUCCUCAACCCGGCCUCGUGUUAAAAGCCCAUUGCCAUCACUUGACUUGUACACCGAGAUUGUAUGUGAUGAUGUGGUGCAGCGGGACCUAUCCAACCAGAAGAUACGAAGGCGUUUCUCUGAAGCACAAGACUACAUCCGUUUCCUGCACGAGAAACUGGACACUGUGGAGUCGAGCAGUGAGAAACUCGUCCAGGAGAAUACUAUUCUGAAAAAGAACAUGUCAGCCCUGUUACAGACCUCUCAGACGGAACUCCAGCGUAAAUCAUCGCAGAUUGUGUCACUGAGAACGCUGAAUAAUCCUGCCGUUGUGAAUGCUUUGGCCAAACUACGAAAGAAUGGAAACAAGGAGAAUCCUCUUUCUGGGAGUUCUGAUCACUCAUCUUCACUGAUAUCAGAUGCAAGCUAUGCAUAUUCUCAGUUAUAUGGGGAAUCUUCAACGUCACAGGUAUUGUCUAAUACAGACACUAAUGGUAAAAAGCAGAAGGAUGGCCAACAGUGGUUUUGA